ACGAUAAAGGGCGAUAAGGUCUGAAUCAGCCCACAAUAGAGGAUAUGACUCCUCCCCUUCCUCUCUCUAGUCCGAUUGACGAUAAAGGGCAGAGAGAAGGAUCCAUGAUCAAGUCCUUUUACAGCUGGACAAGCGACAACAUCAACAUGUUGUUCACAAUCCUGGUAGUGCUGUCGUCGGUUGAUCUCAGUUGUAGCGCAAUGAAAGAGGUUCUUCAAAGUCAGACCCCGGCCACGUAUCACCACCUGGACUCCUCCACCGGCCAGUUACUCACCUGUCAUCGCUGUCCACCUGGCCAUCACAUGUCUGCGCACUGCACCGCCACCACGCAGACCGUGUGUACACCAUGUCCAUCAGGCCACUACACUCAGUACUGGAACUACCUGCACAAGUGUCUGUACUGCGGCACGUUCUGUGGGGAGCACCAGGUGGUCAAGGAGGAGUGCUCGGUUCUCAAUGACAGGGUGUGUGAGUGCAAAGGAGGAUAUUACUGGGACGCCGAUUUCUGUAUCAGACACACGGAGUGUCCUUCUGGCUACGGGGUGAAACGGAGAGGUACGACGGAGACGGACACAGAGUGUGAAAAAUGCCCUCACGGUUCCUUCUCCUACAGCACUUCUUCGGGCGCGCUGUGCGUAAAUCACACGGAUUGCGCGUCACUGGGGCGGAAGACGGUCCUCAGGGGUACGUGUUGGCACGACAACCUCUGCGCCCUUUCCUGUGAAGAACUGAAAGAUGGAGGUGAGUUUAAACUACUCAGAACGUUCCUUCCUGACUUCUUCGCUCAUCACGAGAUGAGAGUGGUGAAGCUGAGGAAGCUGGUCUGGAGGUUGAUGGCCACUGAAGAGGAGCAGGAGCACCAGCAGCAGCACCCAGCCAGCAGCCUCUCCCAGUCCGGCCAGAGAGGCCUCUUGCAGGGCCAGGUGAAGGACUGGAUCAGGGAUGCCUCAGAGGAAGACCUGAGGAGACUCCCUGAAAUACUGAGGAAGACCCAUCAGAGUGUGAUGGCAGAGAGACUAGAGGGGAAGAUGAGGGAGCUACAGGAAGCCUCUGAUUGUAACUCGGUUAGAAACGGGGUGACCUCAUCACCUCACUGUGAUGUAGAAGAGGUUUCUCAAUCUGAAUAACUCACAGAAUGGAUACAGUACCAUAUAGCCUACAGUGAUCAUGAAUAUACUACUGUAAACCACUGUGCUGUAUGCUGUAUACCUGUGUGUUCACUGGUUAUCAGCUGACUUCCAAAAUACUGAUCAGUUAUGGUUGUACAAUGUGUCUGCUUUGUCCUGGUCAAAUAAUGAAACAUUAAUGUCAGUCCUCAGGGAACGAGAUGGUCCUUUUCCUACUAAAGCCAUGACACCACCUUCA